GAUCAUUUUGAAUCGCAAUCACGGUGCCCCGCAAAACAGUCGAAGCUGUCGUUGUUGUCCUCGACUUUGCUCGACUUGUAAGUUGAGCAACUUCACACACCUCACAAUGAGUGGCCAGAUCGAACUCGCUGAUGCGCCAUCGGAUGCCAUCUCAGCCGUCCGAUUUGCUCCUCAAUCGCCAAAUCGCUUGCUGGUCGCCUCGUGGGAUCGCAAUGUCUACCUCUACGACACACAGGCCGGAGAACACGGCCGUCUGCUGCGCAAAGUAGAGCAUCGCGCUCCCGUACUGGAUCUCUGCUUCGGCCACGACGACAACACCGCUUUCACUGCUGGCCUGGACUGGGACGUCAACAAGAUCGACCUCGAGACUGGUGAAAAGAGCCUGAUCUCAUCACACGAGGCUGGCGUCAAAUCCAUCGUCUACUCGGACAAGCACCAUUUGCUCGUCUCGGCCUCGUGGGACAGCACCCUCCAUGUCCACAUCCUCAAGAACGGCAACCUCGACCACGCCCCUUCGACCAUUCCUCUGCCAUCCAAGCCCUUCUCCAUCUCCCUGACUCCCACAAAACUCGUCGUCGCCAUGGCUUCACGCCAGAUCUUCAUCUACGAUUUGGCUGCUCUCAGCAUGCUCACCUCGCAGUCGGCCCCAUCGGCCGAAACUGGAAAUAGAAGCAUCCUCGACAUCCAGCCAUGGCAACAACGAGAGAGCAGUCUCAAGUUCAUGACCCGCGCCGUCUGCUGUAUGCCCAACGAUCAAGGCUAUGCCCUUUCUUCCAUCGAGGGCCGCGUGGGCGUCGAGUGGUUCGACCCCUCGACCGAGUCUCAGAGUCGCAAAUACGCUUUCAAAUGCCACAGACAGGCUGAUGAGGGUGUCGAUGUUGUCUAUCCCGUCAACGCCCUGGCCUUCCACCCCCUUCAUCAAGGCACCUUUGUCAGUGGAGGCGGCGACGGCUUUGUCGUCCUGUGGGAUGGCGUUACCAAGCGCAGAAUCAGACAAUACCAGGCAUAUCCUUCGAGCGUCUCGAGUGUCUCCUGGAGUUCUGACGGCAGAUACCUGGCCAUCGGAAUCAGCCCCGGUUUCGAGGACGGCAACGAGGUCGUCCACGAGGGCCAGGUCAAGCUGUUUAUCAGAGAACUCGCUGACGGAGAAGCAAAGGGCAAGAGCGCAAAGUAGAAUGAAAGAUGAAAUAUGGAAGCAACUUAGAAAAAUGGUCUUUAUUAGCGUAGGCGUUUCGAUUCGUUGGUAUAUCGAGGUGGUCCUCGUAUGAAUGUUAUGCCUCUCUCUCCCCCUUCAAUCCUCAUCCAUCUCAUCUUCUCCAUCUUCACUGUCGCUUUCAAUGCCCAUCUGAGCCCCUGGUCUUGUGUUGGCUAGUGCACCAGCACUUCCAAGCAUCUUGUCAAGUGCAAACUCCGAGCCCUUUUCUCUUGCUGUUGCUCGCAGGAUGGCAGCUUUUGCUCUUCUUAUGGCCUCCUCUUCGGC